CUUUCUUGGCUUCCAACAUAAAAAAAGACUUCUGUUUUCUCUGCUUCCCUUGCUCUGUUUCUCUCACUUCAAAGUUAUCAAUUUCACUCCCAAAAAAAAAAAGAAAAAAAAAAAACAGAAAGAAAGAAUACGUCUUCUUGGAUAGCUGCUCUUGGCCUUCGCUGCUCGCUCGCUCUCUCUCUCUUCUUUAGUUUGUUUGCUGUGAGAAUUCAGAGAUUUGAGAUGGGUUACUCAAGAAUCAACACUUUACGUAUCCGAUUCUGUUUUAGUUUCAAUCGGAUUAUGUACUGAUCCUAAAGAAGAAUAUCGGUCCUUGGGUUUUUUUUGAUUCCUUGACCAAAAUUCGGAUCUGGGUAUUGGAUUUUUUUCUUUAUCACACUAGAUUUUAUCGAAUCUUUUGUUUUCUUUCUUUCUUUCUUUCUUUUAUUUCUCUGUCUGAUUUGGUGACCCGUCUUAAAUUCUCUCCAAAAUCUCUAUCUCUUCAUACCCAAGAGAGCGAGCGAGAACACAUCUAAAAUCAAGUUUGAGAACCAUGGCUGCAGCUAAGAACAGCGGUAAAUUCAAGAAGAUCGAGACGACAAGACGAGAAGUUUGGGAAAUUGAUAACGCCAAGGAUGAUGAUGAUGAUCAUCAUCACCUUGGAUUCAGCAAUUUCGAGUACAGUCCACACCAAUGGAAGCCAGUUUUAGAUGAGGCUUCCGUGUCUGAAAGACCUCUCAAGAAGAUCAAAAGCCCAGAAAGAACCUCAACUUCUUCUUCUUCUUCUUCUUCGUUUUCUUCAGUUCCGAUCACCACAACUAGUCUUUGCCCUCCAAAUUUCCCUUUUGCAUAUGACACUUCUCAACAAUUUCCAAUAUUCCGACCUCAACAAUCUGUUCCACAUCCACAACAACAACAACAAAAUCAGAUGAUAUCUUUUGCUUCCGAUCAGCAACAGAGCAUGAAUUAUCCUUUCCUCUUUCAGCCGCAGCGGCAGCAGCAAUUGCUUCAGUAUUGGAGCGAUGCGCUGAAUUUGAGCCCGAGAGGGAGGAUGAUGAUGAUGAUGGGCGGGUUCGGGCCUGAUGGAAGGCCGCUGUUUCGGCCUCCUGCCGCGGCGGCCGUGCAGCCCAUCAACACGACGAAGCUCUACAGGGGAGUGAGGCAGCGGCAUUGGGGAAAAUGGGUGGCGGAAAUUAGGCUCCCACGGAACAGGACUCGUCUUUGGCUUGGGACCUUUGACACCGCCGAGGACGCCGCCAUGGCCUACGACCGCGAGGCCUACAAGCUCCGCGGAGAGAAUGCCAGGCUCAAUUUUCCUGAGCUGUUUCUCAACAAGGACAACAACAACAACAACAACAAUAAUAAGUCAGAGUCAGCUGGCCCGAGCUCGACCGUUUCUUCUCCACCAACUCCUCAAGCAAGCUCAAGGCAAAUUAGUACUCGCCAGAGUUCGCAGGCGUCGGAUUCGGAGAGAAUGCCACAGCCCCCGCAGUCAUUGCAACCUCCUCAGGGCGACAAUUCAGGAGCUGAUGAUGAGGCUCAGGUGGCCCCGGCAGGCGGUGAGGCUGCAGCUGCCACCGCGCAGCAGGCGCAGGAAUUGGUGUGGGGUGAAGAAAUGGCGGAGGCUUGGCUGAAUGCAAUUCCGGCUGGUUGGGGUCCGGGUAGCCCUGUGUGGGACGAUUUGGACGCCAACAAUAAUCUUCUCUUGCAAUCAAAUGAUCUUCCAUUCGUUGCCAAUCCUAAUAAUAAUAAUCAGCAGCCACCAAAUGAUCCUCAAGAGAUUCAUAGACAGCUUCAGAGAUUGGAUAGUUCAUCAGCUUCUUCCCCUUCCUCUUCCUGUCCCAUGAAGCGUUUCUUCUGGAAAGAUCAAGAUUGAGUCGUCGUUCCAAACGUUUGUCGUUUUUCCCAACUGGUAAGGUAAACCAACAUUUUUUUCAUGACUCCAAAUUGCAGUGGAGUGCUCAUUUUUACAUGGGAACCUCCAAAAAACACCCUUCUGCUCUCCAAAGGCUACAUAUUCUUUCAAGACCUUUUGGGAAGUAGUGGUUCUUUUUGGUUCAUUUGGUUUGCGCCAUUUUAUCUUAGUGGUAAAAUCAUUAUCAUAAGAACUCAUUAGCUAGGCAUUUAGAAUACGUCUUUGAUUUGUUUUUCAUAUGUAGUAGUAUUAAUUAGUCAUUUAGUUUAAGUUUUAAUUUUAGUACGUGUGGAUCCCACGAACGAGUAAGAGAGACGGUUUUGUGAUCUCCUUCUCAAAUGGGGUCUGUCCGAUCCAUCACUCACAAAGAGCCUUGUUUUUAUGCUCCAUUGGAUGGAAGGGAAAAAUAGUCAAUGAUCAUGGCCGUGUUAUUAUUGUGUGUCGUUUUCUUUCAUGUUGUUGAUUGUAGUUAAAUUUGUAAUAUAUAUACAUAUAUAUAUAUAUAUACUUAUAUAAUGUUUUACUGGCUAUGAUUGUCAGACUUUCUGAUCA